GGAGACGCUGCGCGUUGCAGAGGCGGCAAGUGCGACGCUCAUCACUGAAUUAACAACACUCCCGUUACCUCUUCUGAACUAGCGGACUGAGUUCCCGUCAGGUACAGGUUCUGCACGGCGAUGCGUUGAGGCGUUAUGGGACUGGAGAGGACGCUUGUACACAAGCUUGACCAUGAAACGGACACUGACCAUUCUCGUUUGCGUUUUUACUCUCGUCCAAAGUGGGGUCUGUGCAGACUCAGAAGAGCGCUUGAUGAAUUGGCUUCUUGGUAAACAGCGCUAUAAUAAGCUUAUCAGGCCGGCUGUGAACAGGACGGAGAGAGUGACGGUUGUCCUACAGGUUUCUCUGGCCCAGCUGAUCAGCGUGAACGAAAGAGAACAGAUCAUGACAACAAACGUCUGGCUCACUCAGAACUGGAAUGAUUAUAGACUAUCCUGGGAUCCAGCCGAGUAUGAGGGGAUUGACAAGCUCCGGAUUCCCUCCAGACACAUCUGGCUGCCUGAUAUUGUGCUGUACAACAAUGCUGAUGGUACAUAUGAGGUAACAGUCUUCACCAAUGCCAUUGUCCUGUUUAAUGGAAGCAUUGCCUGGCUCCCCCCUGCCAUAUAUAAGAGCGCCUGUAAGAUUGAGGUCAAACACUUCCCCUUCGACCAGCAGAACUGCACGCUUAAAUUCCGCUCCUGGACAUACGAUCACACUGAGAUUGACCUUGUGUUAAAAUCAGAGGUGGCCAGCAUGGAUGACUUCACUCCCAGUGGUGAAUGGGACAUCUUAGCUCUUCCAGGGAGGAGGACGGUCAACCCUCUUGACCCCACUUAUGUUGACCUGACAUAUGACUUCAUAAUCAAACGCAAACCGCUGUUCUACACCAUAAAUCUCAUCAUACCCUGCGUGCUCAUCACCUCACUGGCCAUUCUGGUCUUCUAUCUACCUUCAGACUGUGGCGAGAAGAUGACUCUAUGUAUUUCUGUUCUUCUCGCACUCACUGUCUUCCUUCUUCUGAUUUCUAAGAUUGUGCCACCCACUUCAUUGGAUGUACCCCUGAUUGGAAAGUACCUGAUGUUUACCAUGGUGUUGGUAACAUUUUCCAUCAUCACAAGUGUGUGUGUGCUCAACGUGCACCAUCGCUCUCCCAGUACACACACCAUGCCGGCUUGGGUGAAACUAGUUUUCCUUGUAAAACUUCCAGCAUUGCUUUUCAUGCAAAGGCCUCAAGGGAACUCGGCUAGACAGCGGCUGCGACAGAAAAGGCGUUUCCGUGACCCAAGGUUACUGUUGGACCUUGGUUACUCAGCUCCUCACAAAUCCACAAUCUCCUCCUCUGCCUCUGUACUGCUGGCUGCAUCGUCAGCUUCCGCUCUCUCUUCACCAGGACACUUUUACAACAGGGGAGCACCUCUCAACCUCAGCUACGGCUCUCGGAAAGGAGAUUUGCGUCCCACAGAAUUCCUGCCCAAUGGCCAAAACUCAACUCAGGACCUGAGGGGGUGCAGGCGGGCCUCAGACUGGGGUGCUGACAUUCAUGAGGCUGUGGAUGGCGUUCGCUAUGUAGCCGACCACAUGAUGGGGAAUGAUGAUGAUCAAAGUGUCAUCGAAGACUGGAAGUAUGUUGCCAUGGUGGUGGACCGGUUGUUUCUGUGGAUCUUUGUGAUUGUGUGUGUUGUGGGCACCCUGGGACUUUUUCUCCAGCCACUAUUCCAGAGCCAGACAGUUCCUGUCCAACAGCCCAGCACAGAGUCAUCAAGACGGGACUGAAUGUGAGGCUAUGUGGAAGGUCUACCCUCGAGCCAGAGCCACCAACACCGGCUUCCAAUAACUGAACUGCUACUCUAUAUAAUCUAACCCGAAGACAUCAUGCUCUGACUGAUUAUCUGAGCAUGCAACACCACUGUAAUGUGAUACUGUAAUAGCAGCUGUAAACUGUGAUCCAAACUGAUGCAGGCAGAUACAUAGACAUUGUAACAAUAAUGUAAUAUAUCAAAGCAGUCCAGGCCUAAUGUAGAGCUUUUUCCACAGAUCAGAAAUAAUUUGACCCAGAAUAUGACUGCAAA